UGCAAAUAGUCCCAUUCUUAUCAAUAUAUUAUCGAACAUAAGGGGCGUAACUGGUAAAAUUGUUGUCACCUGACCAAGAGGUCAGGUGUUCGAGCCGCGGAAAUAGCCUCUCGCAGAAAUGCAGGGUAAGGUUGUGUACAAUAGAUCACUGUGAUCCGGUCCUUUCUCGGACGCCUGAGCCUUGGCGUAACUGGUAAAGUUGUUGUCAUGUGACCAGGAGGUCACGGGUUCGAGCCGUGGAAACAGCCUCUUGCAGAAAUGCACGGUAAGGCUGCGUAUCAUAGUUCAUUGUGGUCCGACCCUUCCUCGGACCCUGAGCCUUGGCGUAACUGGUAAAAUUGUUGUCAUGUGACCGGGAGGUCACGGGUUUGAGCUGUGGAAGCUGCCUCUUGCAAAAAUGCAGGGUAAGGCUGCUUACAAUAGAUCAUUGUGAUCCGGCCCUUCCUCGGACCUUCACAUGGCGGGAGCUUAGCGCACCGGAUAGCCCUUUUUUUUUAUCAAUAUAUUACUAGUCAACUAGUAGUCCAUCUUUGUAUUCACCUUUGCCAUGCUUGCAACUUGACUUGGCAGCCCAUAAUAAAUCUUGCAAUAUUCAAUGCCUACGUAGGAUGUUACUAGUUGAGAUCAUUCCCCUUAAAAAACAAUGGGGUGUGCUGUUUCUGUCUACGCGGUUGGAAAAAAGAAGAAGAAGAACAUCAUUCCUGAAGUCAGCAUUUUUGUCCCUUCAAUGCGUGUUCCUGUUCAAUGUGAUAUCCAGAGGACACUCAAGGGUGUGAUUCCUAAGGAUCUUGCUGAUAGACUAACUUCUAUAAGGAAUCAGAUUGUGCUGAUCGCGCAAGAUACAGAUGUUUCUGCCAUUGAUGAAUUACAACAAGCUCUCGAGGAGUAUUUGUCUCUUCUUGUUGGCCUCACUAGAAAAGAAUUUGGGCUUCAAGACUUGAUUGGAUUUAAGUGGAGAAACUUAGAAGAUGGGCAAGAGCAGGAAAUAUCUGUAGCAAACUCCUGGUUUGAAUUACUGUCUGUCCUCCACAUGAUGGCAAUGUUAACAUUAGUAGAGGCAAAUAUGAAGUUGAUACCAAAAGACAGUGCUAUGACUGAACGUGUUGUAUCCGGAGAUUGCAUGAGGGAUGCUGUUGAUUUGCUGCUAAAAACAGCAGGUUAUUUGGAUUUCUGUGUUCAAGAUGUUCUUGUCCACUUACCACCUGAUGUUAAGAACAGAUUGCCUAAAGAUUUGCGUCAGGGUAUUCUUGAAGCCACCUCAACCCAAGCACUAGCCCAGGGAACUGAAAUUCAAUUAGGUUUGGCUCUUGAAAGUCAGAAUGCGACUUUAUCAGUGAAGAGGAGGCUGGCAUGUGAAGCAGUAAGCUACUAUGGACAGGCUCUUUGCUGCUUGUCUGGACAUAAUAAUUUCCAUGGAACAGCGAAAAAACAUAUAUUAUUCAUCAAAUGGAAGUAUCUUGAAGCAAAGGCUGUAGCUUACUAUUACCACGGUAUAAUCGUCGACAAAGGCACAGAACCUUCCUCCCAUGUUAGUGCACUAUGUUGUUUCCUCGCAGCAGAAGAAUUACUUACAGAAAGCAAAAAGGCCUCCUUAAGUUUUUGCCUUGCAGAACCUGUGACAAGAACUCCUCCGCCAUGGGGUGUUAUGAAACAUUUAAACAAAAAAGUCCCCGAAACUGCUGCCAGAAAGACUCAGAUGUAUGGCUAUCUUUUGGAUCAAGAAAAAGGUCAAGCAUUGCCCGAUCUUCCAGAAUUCCAGUUGUCGCUCAAACCUGACGAAUAUACAUUGCCAGAAACAGAUUCAACAUGGAAUAAUGAAAUACCUGGACAAAGCCUCAAAGAACAUCUCAAAGAUUGUGAAGAUGGGGUGGAAACUGAAUAACACAGUGGACAUUUUGAAAUAUUUGUACAUUUUAACUAUAGAAGUGUAUUCGUCCAACAUAGGAGUAUUUGUCUAAACUACUUUUUAUCUCUGUUUUAACAUUUUAUUUUAUUAAUAUAAAGAGAUUCUUUCGGCC